GAAAACCGGGUCGGUAUAUUGGUUGAAGAAUUGCCACCUUCCCAUUAUUCCUCUUUGAGUCUCUCUAAAAUUGCCGCAGAAUGGCGAAAGAGGUUGAUCUUGAAAUGGCGGAACAAGCGGCGGAGAAGGAAGAGCAGCAGCCAGAUAUGCCGCCGGAAUCGUUCUGGUUGUCCAGAGACUCCGAAUUCGAUUGGUUUGAUCGCAACGCCAUUUAUGAGCGCAACGAGUCCACAAGGCCCAACUCCAAUUCGACUAACUUGAAUCCGAGUUUGCAUCCCAAUUCCAACUCCUCAUCGCACAGGUUUUCCAUAAACUUGAAGUCUAAAGCAUCGGUUAUCGGAUUGCCCAAGACCACUUAUGCCGAUACCCCGAACCGGAGGAAAUAUAAACCGGCCAACAUCCGGCUGUUCCCGAAGCGGUCCCAGUCGAUUGGAAAAUCGGAGCCUUCAUCGCCGAAAGUCUCGUGUAUGGGGAGAGUACGGUCCAAGAGAAACCGCCGUAAAUCGUCGAAUUCGGUCGAGAAAUCGAGAAGUGGUGGUGGACGGAAGGGAACCUGGGUCUGCGGGUGUUUCACUGCUAUAUUUCGGUCCGACCGGAAGUCGAAAGCGGUCAUUGAAACCGUUGAACCGCCACUGGUGGAAUCGCCGCCACCGCCGAGAAGGAGCGUGACGGUCAAAGUUGGUGAGAUUUCAGCGAGAGAUGAACCGGAGUCGGGUGCGUCGGUGGAAGAGCCGCCCGGUUUGGGAGGAAUGAAGCGGUUCGUAUCCGGUCAUCCUAAGGUGUGUGCUUGGGAUACGGAUGACAUGGACAAGUGAACCGAUGCUUGCGUGGCGAAAUUUGAUUGGGUGGCUGGUGGAGAUGGGCCCACUGGAAGAAGAAGUAUGGUAAAAGUCGUGUGGUGACGGGGGGCGGCCUGCUUUUUGUCAAGUGGAGUUGUUGGAAAAACAUGGUCACGUUGAAUCACAGUUUUCUCACAAAAGGUCAAAAAUAACGGAUUCACACCCUCUCUUUUAUUUUUUUUUAUCGAGCCUUUUUAACUGAUAAGUUUGUUGUAAAUACACAGUGAUUUACAAAUGAGUGGAUGUAAAUUUUUUCUUUUUUACUUUAUGCUAUUUUUUGUCAUUGAUUUUGUUAAUAAUAAUCACAUUUAAUUAUUA